AUGGAAGAGUCCUAUAUGUCUAUUUCUAAAGGGGAUGAACAAUCGGGCCCAUCUAAAUCUGAAGGGUCGCCUGAGCCAAUUGCCAUCGGUUUUAAAUCCCCGCAGCAUAGUUUUAAAUCGAUCUCUGAACCUGUCUGUCUAUCUUCCCCUAAUAAUGGAGCAUCCGCAGAUUACACAAAGCCAUGUCUCAUCUCACCAUCCAAGUUACCUCAGCUUUUGUCCGAAGAGGAGCUUGCCGCUUUAUCUGCCAAUGAUGGCUCAAGUAAUGAAGAAACACUUCGCAGCAUGCACUAUCGAGUACAGAAUCGGCUAAAAAAUGCUAAUCGCGAGGAACCAGUUGUCUGGACACGUAAUGUCCAUUAUUACCGCUUGGACGGCAGCACUUCGGCAACGGAACGUGAGAAACUGAUAAAUCAUUUCAAUGACUUAAAAAAUCCAGCUCGUCUUUUCUUAAUGUCCACUCGUGCUGGCUGCCUCGGUGUUAAUUUGGUUGGUGCGAAUCGAGUGGUUGUCUUUGAUGCCUCUUGGAAUCCCUGUCAUGAUUGUCAAGCUGUUUGUCGAGUCUACCGAUACGGCCAAGUCAAGCCUUGCUACAUUUAUCGUCUUGUAUCUGACAACACUAUGGAAAAAAAGAUAUAUGAUAGACAGGUAUCUUAUCGCGUUGUGGAUGAGUUGAAUCCUACACAAAAUUUCACUCGUGCACAAGUCGAGCUCUUGUGCUCCUAUGACGACAAAGAACCUGGCACCGUCAGUGAACAAGAGUUGGAAGAUUGCCACAAUUUGAUAGAACCAGAUCCUGUUCUUGCUAAUGUGCUUAGAGAACACAGGGGGCUAAUUACUAAGUUUGUUGAUUUUGCUCCAUAUUAA